UCAAUUUGUUACCACUCAAGCUAAUUAAUCGCCACCAAUUUACGAGCUCUUAUCAUCUGUCAUCAUUGUUAUCUAAUACAUAUCGGGGUUAUCAAGCUGCCGAUAGCAAUAAUUAUGUAUUAUGAAGAAGGCGGAGUGGCUAAGUUAUUUUUGUUGUGAACGCAAUAUUGUAUUAUAUUUACAUUUGCGAUGGCAUGUACUAUAAACUUUAAUAGUGAUUCCACGGGCAGUUUUUAUGCGGGUGAUAUCGUGACUGGAACUGUUAUUUUGGAAUUGAAGAAUGAACAAAAAUUUCAAAGCAUUGAUUUAAAAGUAACGGGAUUAUGUAAAGCCCAGUGGACCAGACCUAUGCCUACAAUGCCGUACAUAAAAAUUUAUUCGGAAAAGAAAAAAGUUCUUAGCUUGCUAAUGACUGAUAUUUUCAGGGAUUUGAGCGUUGGGAGCGUGCUGCCGGCCGGCAUUCACCAUUAUCCAUUUCACUUCGCAUUACCUCCAGAUUUACCGUCAACAUUUGAUAGUUCUGUUGCCAAAAUAACUUACACAGUAAAAAUACAAAGUAAGCCAGCUUACAAACUCAGAAAAUUAGCAACAUUCAAUGUAUUUGCAAAUGUUAAUAUAAACCACAUGGAAGAAUAUUUGAUGCCGACAUUCAACGAAUUUCAUAAAACGUUUAGGAAUUCUGGAAAAUUUACGAUUUGCAUUAAAACCUACAGGGCUUUUGCUCCUAGGCAAACUAUUCCCUUUGAAGUAACAUUAGUUAAUGAGAAAAAAGUAAAAAUUCGAAAAAUCGUCAUAUCGUUAAUUCAGAAAAUAAAAUACAGCGUGCAUUCAGGUUAUGCUGAUGAGGAGAGAAAAAUGUGCAAGGCAGAAUACAGAAAGUUUUCUCUAAAUAUAGCUGAGCUAUGUUUCUUCAAUAUGGAGAUCCCUCAUAUUAUACCUUCUACUAUGGAUAUUGAGGAUCCCAUGGUCCACAUAUCGUAUAUUUUUAGGAUUCAAGUUAUUUUUCCAUUCCACACUUCUCUACAGGAAGAUAUGUCAGUCAUAGUGGCGACAGCACCCGUUUUACAUUACGAUUUUAAAUAAAUGAAAUAAAUCAAUUGAAUACAUUUGUAAGUUUGACUAUUAAUUUAAGACACAUUUUUUAGCAUUUUUACUUAUUGCCAUUACUUAUUAUGUAUUAUUAAAUUAUUUAAAGUAAGAAUUAUCAAAAUAAAUUAUUUUUGUAUUAACAA